AUGCAGCUACAAUCAUGGCGGGAUUCAAACAGAGAUGUCAUCGAAGACAUCAUUGCCGACUACAUCAAUGAAAAACCACGUCGGAUUUUAGAGUCACCAACUGAUUCUCAGAUCCAAACGAUUAGCCAGGUGAAAAAUUUGACUCAACAGUCAUCAAUGGAGUUAAAAUCAUUUCGGCUAAAAGCUAGAGCAAAGAUUGCCAAAUUAGAUCAGCGUCUUUAUGCCUUCAGCUGUCCUGGUUGUUCAAAAACUUGUGGCCUCUCUGAGCCAAGUGAAUUCACCUGUUUGUACUGCAACACGAAUUAUCCAAACCCAAAUUCAGUAUCAGACUCUGAAAAAGAAAGUGUGGCAUCAGACACAGCCAGCAAAAUGUCAAUAGACACUCCAUCACCAGAAGAUGAGGCAACCACAUCAAAACAAGUAGAAGCAAGAACAAUUCCUGCCAAAAGAAUGCUUCAAUCAACUGACAAUCCAUCGUAUGCAAAACAUAUCAAGCAAGAUUAA